CAUUGGCAAAUGUUGUCAAACAAUUUCUUGUUGCUUUAGAAUGAGUUACAAUUGAGUUUUACAAUGCAUAGUAGUAAAUAGUGAAUUAUAAACGUUUCUGUGAUAUCCAUCGAUUUUUUGAAUUACAAUUUAAUAAAAGUUCCUCAGUGACUUAACUAUUCAAAUGGGUAAUUGCAUACAGGAUGAAGAAAUCGAGAAUCAAGAUUUGGUGUACAUUAUUAUUGAUGAUCAUGAAGAGGAGUAUAUCAGUUUUGUGCAGAAGUUGCAUGAACUGACUAAGCAGAAUGGAAGACUCAUAGCUGAUAUUGGUGGCAAACUAGCGCAUCGUGAUGUCAACUUCCAAGAAAUUAAAGUGGUCAAAUGGGCAAUGCAGGGCAUGCAAAAAGAAAUUUUAUUAUUAAAUAAAUUAAGCAAGUUGUUGAAUGAUACACUUGUGGAGACCUAUGAUGAGUAUAAAAAGAAAAUAACUGAGGCCCCAGUUUCAAAUGAAACAAAAAACAAGAAAAUAAUCAACCUAUCAAUGAACCAUUCCAUUGAUGACAUCACUGUGGAUUCAGUUUUAUUAUCUAGUGAAACUGUUACUGACCCUAAAAAUGUUAUCAAGGAGGAAGAUGCAGAUGAAUUCUUUAGAAAGGCAAUUACAGAAAUUCCUGAUAAUGAAGAUAUUACAAGUCACAUUGAGAAGGCCAAUAAUCUACUGAGAUGCUUUGAAGAAGAAUCAGAAAAUACAGAACCUUUAGAGAACCAAGUAUCACAGAUGUCAAAUGAGAAUAAUGAAAUUGACAAUGGAAUUCCUCUAUACAACAAUAUUACAAAAUCAAAGGAAACAAAAAAUACAGAUAUAAUUCCAGAAACAUAUAUUUUACCGAAAUUACAAGAGGGUAAUCAUACAGAUGCAUCAACGAAUUAUGAGCAGGAUACAAAUAUUCAAAUUGGAGAUGUCAACACGACAACAGUAACAAAGAGUGGUGUUGGCGCAGAAGGUAUUAUCUCAGAAGCGACCAAUAAUUUAGAGCUGUUACCGCAGGCCGAUGCUGCAUACGGCGAUGGUAAUCAAAUAGAAAUUGAUUUGUCUCAAAUCAAAAAGGACGAGGAAUGCGAUAAUGAGAGUAUUUACUCUCACGGGACGGACAUUGUGCCAGAUAUAUUAGAUGUGAAGAAAGAAGAUGAAUUUACAGAGGUUUUACCAAACUCGUGCAGGGUGCUUAUUGGUGACGUGGAUUCUUUCCAGAUAUGUAACGAAAUUUUACCAAACGACGCGGAAUAUACGAAUGAUCAUUCGUUGUUGGAUUCAAUUCGCGAUGAUGACAGUAUCUUUCAGAAUUCCUCUGGUUCUAAUUAUGAUGAAUCUGACGAGGAGAUAAAACCUGAAUUGUGCGAUGUUGAAAUUGAGGAUGAAAGAGAUCGUCGUGUCAGCACUGACUUACAGAUGAAUGUCGCCGUUACGCCGCCAUUUAACUAUAUUAUGACUAGGUCGUGUGAAGUGCGAAUAAGAAAGGACGAUACAGAUAAUGUCCAAAAACACAUAGAUCAAAAAAUUGAAAUUGAAAGAUUGUUGGACCUUAGAAGUUUAAAGAGGAAAAGAAAAACGAAACGCGGAGACACGUCAGUUUCCAAGUCGAAUAAGAUUACUAAAAAAAGCAGAGAAUUGAACGAUUCAGUUUCAAGCUCCUGUAGCAACUCCUCAGUAGCGGAUUCGGAUCUACACGAGUAUAAUUCCGAUUACCAAUCAAUUAAUGAAGCAGAUUCGAAAAUCAUAGAUGAUGAUUUUAUACUGGACAAUAUCAGAGAAUCGGACAGUGACUCGAGCUCCGGAUCGAGUGACGACGAAGUUGCCAAGAAAAAAUCUAAACAUGGUGAUGUUCAUGUUUUACCUAAACGAAAUGCUCUGACUAGUGCAUGGAAGAAAGAUCCGUUACUGACGUGCAGCUUGAGCAAUUCAAAGGAAAAACAAAAAACAAGUAUUCAAGAUGACGUGACAGUAUCCGUGGAUAUAAAUUCUUCCGAUUCCUCGGAUAUAGAAAUAUUAUGUGAUGAUCAACAAGUGAAAGAAUCUCCAGAGGCGACAGUCGGGAAUAGUAGCAAAGGUAAAGGGCGAAGGAACAUUCGCGCCGUUUGUUCUGAUCUGAAGUUGUCCCACAGCACGGUAAUUGCAAACACCCAGGAAAAGGAACGCAUCGGCAGGCUUAGAAUGAAACACACAUCACCUGGCGAUGAGGACAUAGUAAUCGGUCUUCGCCUGGAUGAUGAGAUAGUUGUGCAUCACCUGUUGUCGGCCCGAUUGAAAAAGCACCAAAAGGAAGGUGUAAAGUUCAUGUGGGACUCGUGUUACGAAUCAGUCGAGGUUAUCAAAAAGAGCGAAGGCGUAGGAUGCAUCUUAGCCCAUUGCAUGGGCUUGGGAAAAACCUUCCAGAUUAUCAGUUUGUUGCACACAUUGUUCGUGCAUCCGGAACAGACGAGAACCAAUUACGUUCUAAUUCUUUGCCCAAUUUCCACUAUAAUGAAUUGGAAGAACGAGUUUGAUAUCGCUUUCGAUAUCGUCGGCGCUAAGGACUUUAAAGUUUACAAGAUCAGUGACAGCGAAAGGGUUUUGACGUCGAAGAUCAACAUGGUAAAUACUUGGCUCAGUAACAAGGGAGUUCUCAUUAUGGGAUAUGAAUGCUUCUUGGCUUUAAGUAAACAGGAACUGCCUCUGCUUCAGAAGGCAUUGUUGAAUCCAGGACCUGAUUUGGUUGUAUGUGACGAAGGCCAUCUGCUGAAGAAUGGAAAUGCGACCCGCUCCAAAAUGAUAAAAAUGGUGAAAACGAAGCGAAAGAUCAUUCUGACCGGAACACCAAUGCAAAAUAAUUUGCGCGAAUAUUACCAUAUGGUUCAAAUCGUGAAGCCGAACCUACUGGGCACUUUAAAGGAAUACACUAAUCGCUUUGUGAAUCCCAUCAUAAAUGGUCAGUACGGCGAUUCGACGAAAGAAGAUAUACAAAUCAUGAAAAAACGAAGUCACGUUCUCCAUAAAGUAUUGAAAGACACAGUGCAGCGAGUUGAAGGAAACGAGCUUUGUCUAUAUUUGCCGCCGAUUAAGGAUUACGUGCUAAUAAUACCAUUGCAUGACCUUCAAAGAAACCUGUACAAGAAGGCGAUGGAGUCUAUCAAAGUAAACAGGGAACAGAAAAAGCUGUUCAUGCAUUACUAUCAAUUAAUGAUGAUAUGGACGCAUCCGGUCCUCCUGCAGAUGCAAGAAAAAGCCACGGUAAGAUCCAGGCCUGUGGAGCAGCAGGAAGAAGAUGACGCCCCCACCGACGAGGUAAUUGUGACAGAGGAGAUGCCUAACGGCUGGUGGCAGUCCAUCGUUCCAUCAGAAAUGAAUUUACUGAUCUACAGUCCCAAGUUCCAGAUUUUGUUUAGCAUCAUCAGGGAAUGUAUGCAAAUUGGAGAUAAACUGCUGGUAUUUUCCUCGCUGCUAGUCGAACUAGACGCAAUCGAAUUAUUUUUGAAACAAUUGCAAAUCGACUAUCUGCGUAUGGACGGCAACGUGUCUCCGGAUGGUCGUGAAAGUCUUUGCAGAAGAUUUCAAAACUCUAACAUACCGAUAUUCAUAUUAUCGCACAAAGUCGGUGGGCUUGGGUUGAACCUCACCGCUGCCAAUCGCGUGGUUUUGAUGGAUGUCAGCUGGAAUCCGGCUGUGGAUUCGCAGAGUAUCUUCAGGAUAUUCCGCUUCGGACAAACCAAACCCUGCUUUGUAUAUCGAUUAGUAUCAAAGGGUACGAUGGAGGAGGUCGUCUACGAGAGAGCUAUUACGAAGCAGGCAACCGCAAGUCGUGUCGUAGAUGAUGCUCAGAUCAGCAGGCACUACAAGAGCGAAGACUUGCUGGCCAUGUAUCGCUGCAACGUGGAUCCCCUUGAAACUCCGACCACUGUUUUCAGAAUACCCAGCGACAAUAUCCUGGCUGAGAUUUUGAAGAAGAACAAAGCUCUCAUACACUCGUACCAUGAAAUGGAGAGUUUGCUGAAGAAUCUGCCGGACGAGGAGUUGAAUGAGGAGGAAAUUAACUCGGCAUGGGACGAGUACAACAAUGAAUCGAUCGUUUUACCGCAGCAGGUACCACAUUUGGCGGUGAUGCCUCAGUUGCUUCCUUCCUGUUCGAACAUGUUUAACCAGUUCAUGCCACGGAAUAGCUUUAAUUUCACGUGCAACAACACGCUUCCCCUUAAUUACAACAAUAUCAACAAGGUUAUAGUAAGCCCAGUUCCAGAUGCAAGAAAUAACAAUUUACCGCCCCAGAGAAAUCCUAACUGCACAAUUACAGAUGGCGAGAUCAUCGAAUUGGAUUGAAUAUAUCUUAUAGAUAUUAUUAUUAUUCUCAGAAUGUUAAUUAUGUUGAACUCAAG